UUGAAAAACUGCGCCCGGAUGUCGCACCGCUGCUGCGUCUCUGCCGCUUGACGCACCGCGCAGCCAGACAGGGAGGCGUUAUCACGCGGCGGCGACAAUCGAGGAGGAACCUGAACGCGGCUCGGCUCGCCUGAAGAAGAAGUCCUGUUUGUUAGCUAGCUCCGCAGUCUCUCUCUCUCUCUCUCACGGAUAUAUAACCAACACACUGAACACACACACAGCCGGAGAACCGUCGCAUUAUGGCGACGUUGGGACCGGAGUCGGCUCGUCCUCUCUCUCUCUCCCAGCUCGGUUCUUCUUCCUCCCCGUCGAUCCAGGCUCACAACCUGCCUCCCAACCGCGGCUUGGAGCGGGCUCUGGAGGAGGCGGCGGCCAGCGGAGCUCUCAACCUCAGCUCCAGGAAACUCAAGGAGUACCCACGAACAGCCGCCAACCACGACCUGUCGGACACGGUGGACGCAGACCUCUCAAAGAACAGACUGGCCGACGUCCCCUCGGAGGUCUGCCACCUGGUCGCCUUGGAGACACUAAACCUGUAUCACAACUGCAUCAGGACCAUCCCAGACAGCGUCAUCGGCCUGCAGUCGCUCACCUCCUUAAAUCUCAGUCGUAACCAGCUGGGCUCUCUGCCGGCCUGUCUGUGUGGUUUACCUCUGAGAGUCCUCAACGCCAGCAACAACAAGCUGGUCAGCCUGCCGGAGACCAUCGGACAGCUGCACGGCCUCAUGGAGCUGGACAUCAGCUGCAACGAGAUCACGGCUCUUCCUCGUCACAUCGGCAGACUCAAAGCUUUGCGAGAACUAAACGUACGCCGAAACCUUCUCUGCGUCCUGCCAGAAGACUUGGCUGCCCUUCCUCUGGUGAAAUUUGACUUCUCCUGUAACAAGGUGUCGACCAUCCCGGUGUGUUACAGGAAGAUGAAACAGCUCCAGUCCCUCCAGUUAGAAAACAACCCACUGCAGAGUCCACCUGCACAGAUCUGUAUAAAAGGCAAAGUUCACAUAUUCAAGUAUCUGAGCAUCGAGGCGUGUCGCAGCGAGAAGAUGCCCGACUCUCUCUACCUGCCCGUCAUAGAGCGACUCAGCCUAUCGCGGCCCACCACCGGCAGUGUGGAGGACAUGGAGCAGCAGAAGAAGCAGGACAGCGACUCAGGAGUCGGCAGCGACAACGGAGACAAGAGACUGUCGGCUACUGAGCCGUCAGAUGAAGACAGUCUGAGUCUCAACAUACCGAUGAGCCACAUCACGGAGGAGGAGGGGAUCAGUAAAGACGACUCGAGUGAACACAUCAGCUCCCUGACAGCAGACCCAAACUCCGACUCGGUCCGUCUGAUUGAGGAGAGCCCUACGGAAGCCCUGAAGGACCAGUUCAACUACAGAGACUCUGCUCUCAGCACUCGCUUCGUCAACUACAUCAAGGGUCGGACAGCAGCAGACUUUGACGAGCCCCUCAGGAUAGAGGAAGACUCACACUGGCCAACAGAGCAAAUGUCAAAGGUCACAGGGGGCACAGAGCUCCAUAUUGACAUGAUCAACCAGCUGAAGGAGGCUGUGGAGCUGCUGCAGGACCCCAGCAGAGUGAACACGGAGCAGGACGAUCUGUCUGGAGUUCGGCUCUACCCGGUCGAGUUGGUCACAGUGGAAGAGUCACUCAAUGGGCAGGACAGCGAUGACGGAGUCACCACACCAAAGCAGCACAUGGAGGAAGGUGGCUAUGAGUUCCAGAAGAAGAGACAGAUGAUUCUAGAGAAGGCCAGGUUUGAGGCCCAGCUUGCAUGCCGGGAGUAUGAGUGGCAUAUGUCAAUCAAGCGACAUGACAGAUCUCCAGCCAGCGGACUUCCAUCCUUCUCCAGCCCGGUGUUUGGACUGAAGCCUCGUUCAGCCCCGCCCUCGCUGCCCUGCUCGCCCCCUCCUUCCUGUCUCGCCCCCUCCCCCCUCUCACAGGCCUCGCCCCUCCAUAGAGAUACGCCUCGUAGCCGUGACGACGGAGGCAUGCACAGCCGCGUGUUCCUGCGGAGCCACAAGAGUCUGGAGUCUGUUGAUCCUCAGUUCACCAUGAGGAGAAAGAUGGAGCAGCUGCGAGAGGAGCUGGAGCUCACGGAGCAACUGAGAGACACCAUCGAGAGCAGACUGAAGGUCGUCCUUCCCGAAGACCUCGGAUCGUCUCUGAUGGACGGCGUCGUGCUCUGCCAUCUGGCCAAUUACAUUCGCCCGCGCUCUGUCGGCAGCAUCCACGUCCCCUCGCCCGCAGUGCCAAAACUCAGCAUGGCCAAGUGUCGGAGAAAUGUGGAGAACUUCCUGGACGCCUGCAGAAAGAUCGGUGUACCGGAGGACAAACUGUGUCUUCCUCACCACAUCCUGGAGGAGAAAGGCCUGGUGAAGUUGGGCAUCACGGUGCAGGGUCUGGUGGACGAGGCGUCCUCCAAACACCCCCUCCUGACGUGAGCGGCGGAGACGGGCGGAGCUUCCUCUGACUGACUGACUGACUGACUGCGUACAACAAACACACACCUGGAUUCAAACGCUGACUUGAUCUCACAUCUCACGAAGCUGCAGCACGCCUCUGUGAUCAUUCUGCAUCCUUCUCCGUAACAGAGUGAUAUUAGUAGAUUUAAGGAUGCAAAAUGGUGUUAAGGGAACUAAAGCAGUCAGAAGUGGCUUUAUUUACUAGUUCAUGAGAGGGAACUUCUGGGUGGAGUCAGUUUAAUGCCGCGCAGGUAGACUGGUGGAACGGGUACCAGCAUUUGACUGGUUCCAGCUGAUUCCUCACUUUAAAUGAUGUGUUUUUUUUAUUAGUGUCAGGAGUGAAAAUUAACCCUGAUUUCCUCUAUUUCUUUAGGUAGAUGCAAAAGACACAACCUGUCAAACUGAAGGGCAUAAAUACAACUCUAUGGUUAAAAAAAAGAAUUUCUUUUUAGAAAUUCUUAGACUGGUUGGUGCCAAAAAAUAUGAGUGUAUUAGGGCCACUUUGAGAGGGAUAACAUUAUUUUUUAAGAGUAAAGAUACAAAAAUUUGGGCGAAAAAAUAUAAUAUUAUGAGAAUAAAGUGGUAUUGGGAGUAAAAAAAAUUACACGAUAGAGUCAUAAUUUUACAGAUACAUUAUUUUAAAAUUAGAAUAUUUUUAGAUUUUGUUGUGAUUUUAUUAGAAAACGUUUAUUUUGAGAAUAAAGUAGUAGUAUUACAAUUGGCUUUAUUCUUGUAGAAAUAAGACUACUCUAGAAAAGUGAGAUCUUUGUUUUAAAAUUUCAACAUGGUAAUUUUUUAACUUUUAUUUGAAAUUACGAAUUUAUUCUCACAAUAUUACAUAUGUUUCUUAAAAAUGUAUCUGGGAUUUAUUUUUUAAUUUUUUUUUUAAGUACUAAUAUUCCGAUUAAGAUAAGAUUUGUAAUAUUUUGAUAUUUAGUUGUAAUUUUAUUAGACAAAGUCAUGAGAAUAAAAUAGUAUUACAAGACGUGGCUUUAUAAAAUUAUGACUUUCCUUAUGAAAAGUAUGAUUUUUUGUCAUUUUGUUGACUUUUUUUUUCUUGAAAUUACGACUUUAUUCUCAUAAUAUUACAUAUUUUAUGUUAAAAAAAAAAUAUCAACUUUUUAAAAAAAAAAAUUUUGUUUAGUUGUGGGAACAUUUUUUUAAAUUAUUUGGUAUUUAAAUGUAAAUUAGAUUUAGAGUCGGUGGAGCUGUGAAUCUGAACCACUCAGCCGCCGUAGAGGCACACUUAUGAUUUUACAAACCACCAGUUAUCUACAGGUUAUAGAUCUUUUUCUACUGAGGUUUCAGGUGAAGUGUUACUGGACUGCGUGAGUAAAACCAAAAUGUUAUAGUCUUAACAUAGAGGGGAGGCAACUUUUAACCAUAAUUUGUAUUUAAACAUAAAGAUAUUUAUAAUAUAAAGAGAAGCUGAGAUGAGGUGUUUGAGUUGUUGUACACAUUCAAAAAGAAAUAUGCCAAAAAAUAUUUUUCUCUAAUAUAUUUUAGGUAUAAUUGUGUCUUGUUUUCUAAAAGUUUUACUGACUUUCUGUGGAGCUCUCUGCAUGUCCCUGAACCAGGUCUGUGUUAACCUGCCACUGUGGGGACGCUAAUCUGUGUUUAUCAAGCCUCUCAUGACGGAUCCCAACAGGUAAAAUUUUGUUUUUUUAUCUUUUCUCAGCUUGAAUCCUCUCACACGUGUUGUUAAUCUGUGUUCACACAAGGCAUUUCUAGGACUUUUUCAGUGAAACGACUUCAGUUUUUUUAUGAGAUUCAGUUUGCUAAUGUGCCAAAACACGCGGUGGAUACAAAGUCACAAAACAAACGCUCCUCACGUCUGCAUCUACAAGCUUAAACCCCCAGAUCAUCUUGAUUUACGUGUACAUUUUGAUCAGCUUCCAUACUGCGAGACACUUGAUAAAUAUCAGAGUUGUGUAUUACAUGUUUAUAUUUCAGGAUGGGAGCGUGUGUGUGUGUGCACGGGUCAGUGAGGGUGAGAUCUCAUGCAGCCACAACUCCGGCUCAAACUGGCUGGAUUGCUUUUUAAAACACUACAAAAAACCUCAGUUUCAUUCAUCGCGGAGUAAAUUUAAAGUUAUUAUUGUGGCGAAAUGUUCCUUCAACCUUUUGUGUGAGUUUGUCCAAAACCUCUGAGGUUCAGGCCGGAGCUGCUGCUGUGUGAGAUCAGAGAUUCUGUGACUCAGGGUCGGUUUGGGUUUACUACUCUGUUGAUGCUUCAUUCAACGGUAUUUCUGUGUGUGUGUGUGUGUGUGUGUGUGUGUGUGUGUGUGAACAAGGAAGUUGCCAGUUGACCUUUUUGAAUCAUGUGGUAAUGCAGAUCCUGCUAGACACCGAGACUUUUUAAGGGGCAGUAAGUAAUUGUUGACCUUUAUCGACCUCUAGAACAAAUGGCAUUGAUGUCAUCGUCUUCCAAACAACUACAGCUGACGAUGUUUUAUUGUUUAUAGAAAUCUCUGAAGCUGCAGUCAUUGAUUUUGACCACUAGGGGGCAGAGAUGCUGCUUUAAAAGUGAGAAUGAUUAAAUCAGAUCAAGGAAUUUGCCCCCAUUUUUUUUUUAUCUUCAGACUGAUUUGAGCAAAAAAAAAAGCUUGUUAAUUCAUAAUUCAGAAAUAGUUGUGGGUGUUGAAAAAAAAAAACGUUCUGUCCUCAGAAGGCUGAUCGAGUCUCAUUUGAAGUAAAAGUAGCAGCUGGAAGUGAAAACUGGAAAGGACAGGACAGGACAGGUUUUAUGAACCUAAUAAAGAGCUGUAAUAGUAACCUUCCUGAGAGGGACAGGUCUGUUCACCUUUAAAGAAAGACCUGAACUAAGGCACAUUUUUUUUUUUUGUAGGUUUCUACAACUUGAAAUAACAAGAUUGCAUGUCUCCUGCUUGAUUUGGUAUCUUAGGACAGGAUUAAUAUUACAUAUUUCCUCUUCUUUUUUGUUAUAAAACUUGUCGUUCUGGAUGUCAUUGUAGCCGCUGACAAAUUACAAGAGCUGGCUCUGUAAAAGACAAUAAUGAACACUGGCAGGCUUAGUAUUUUUAGAGGGUUUUUUAGACAGAAUUUGAUUAUUAACUACUUAAAUGUCUCUUUCGGAGUGUUUUUACAGUAAGAAAUAGAUUUGCAGUGGUGGAGGAAAUAUUCAGAUCCUUUACUUAAGUAAAAGUACUAAUACCACACUGUGAAAAUACUCUGUUACUAGUAAAAGUAUAAUCAGGAAAAUGUACUUAAAGAGUAUUAAAAGUAGAAUAAAUGUCCCAUGUGACUGUUAUACUAUUUUAUACUAUGGUUUGGGUGAAUACUUGAUUCUGAUUGGCUGUAGGGUGUCCAUUAAUUACUGUUAUUACACGGCUGUGUUGAAUACUCGAUUCUGAUUGGUCAAUCACUGCGUUCUGCGGUCUGUAAUUUCUCUAUAACAGACCGUUGCUAUGUAUAACAGACCGUUGCUAUGGGCACAGUUCAGAUGUCGGACUCUGGCGGACCGUUUUUGUGUCAAAAUAUUGAUUUCUUCAGUAAGUAGCCAAGUAAUGUCAAAUUACAUUUACUGUUUUUCAUCCGUACGCACUGCAUAGCGUAGUGUUAGCUUUCUGGCUCGUAGCUGAGCCAAAGACUUUUUAAUGGCUUUAAUGGCUGAAGGUUCAUGGUGAGGAGGACAGGGGACAUGAUUGGCUGACACCACAGUGAGUUAUUGGUUUAGGUUUGGUCACAUAUUUACGUACUGCCCCUUUAAAACCUAAAUCUUGGCAGGUCUGGGAUCAGAUCGUGUUUCUCCUAAAUGCCAUAUUAAAACCACAUUAAGUGUCUGACACUCUUGAACCAGCAGGCUUGUAUGAAUGAGUGAUUACGAGUUUUUUGUUUUUCUGUACAUAUGAUACAGCUUGGUAUCCAAAGCUUGACCUACUUAAAGAUUCAGCAGUAAAAAAAUUAAUAAAAUAAAUUAAAUGUUUCCACUGGAUCGAUUUCACAGUUGCCAAAACAAACAUUUACUCUCUUGUGAUAAAACUAAAGGAUUUUAUUUAAAUGUACUAUAGCAUGUGUACAUAUUAUUUAUCACAAGAACUUCUUGUUGAUGAAUUAAUGUUUGAAAAAAAUCAGUGAUGAGUUAUGUAUUUGUCUUCUUGUACUGUAUAUUUCACCAGAAAACACUCAACGAGCAACCUUUAACACCUGAAUAAUCCACAAUAUCGCAUAUAUGAUUCAAAAAAAAAAAAAAUGUUCACGUAUUUCAACACUAUGGGAAGCUUAGUGAAGUAAUAACACAAAUAUUGUUUAAUAAAUAUCAGCUAUUAUUAUCUGAUAACUAGCUAAAUAGAAGUAGAGCAACAAACUGUCUUCCUAGUAUUUCUUACAUUUAUGAUUUUAAAUAAUUUUGAUUUAAUUCAAAAGGCUUGCUCAAAACAGUCUAAACACAAUAAUGUCAGAAAAUAUGGAUGUUUUUAAUAAAUAAUGAUGAUUUCUAUUUGCUUGCUUGUAAUCAACAUUUCUUCAUAUAAUCAUGUAUUUCAUAUCCACAGUUCUGUACACAUCACAUCAUCACAGUGUUUUUGGGAAAAAGCAAUAAAACCAAACCGGCUGCUUCCCCGACAGAAUCUGCACUUUAAACUUCAAUAUUUAUAUCUUUGUUUUGGCAACUGACAAAAUCUUAAAUCACCUUUAAUCUGAAACGAGAGAACAGAGAAUUUAAAAAUGUGACGCUGGUGUAAAUUGUGUAAAUGUGAUGAAUCGAGCCUGCUGAAGCAGUGUUGUUGUUUUUAAUGUCUCUUAUUUUGUAUAUAAACGGCCUGUACUCACAUUUUUGUACUUUUCUGACUGGGAGGAAAUUUAUUUUUUACGUGACUUUGAUGUAACAUACCCUUUUGUAACUCUUUGUGAACCUUUUGUGUAAUUUGUUGUACAGCAACUCAAAUUUAAAUGCAUGAAAUGUCCCUUUAAUGUCGCCUUAACUGCUGUGAAUACUGUAUAUAAUGCACUGUAUUUCUCAUCACUUUAUCAGUAAAGACCUCAACUGUC